AUGAGAGGGCGUUUAUCCAACCUCGGGGAUGAUCGAUCAGUCGGUGAUUCAUACGUUCAGGCAAUUCCGUCGUCGUCACUGAGUCCCCAGGAGACGUGCGAUUUAUGUCAAGUAGCGCUUCGCACUGUAUUUGGCCAUUUCGGAGCUAACAUUCCCAGCAGAAGAAAGCUGGUUCAUCAACUGAAACACGAGUGCAAACGACACUUCAACGUGAGUUGA